AUUGAAAACACAGUUCAACAGCUGUUUCUCAAUAGGGAUCUUGUGAUAUGUUUAUGUUUGAAACGUGUUUUUGGUCGGUAAAAUAAAAUAAAAAAACCUAUAAGAAAUGGAAAUUAGAAACAACGAUCCCGGUGCUGUCCAAUAUGGAAACUUCAUGAACUAUUAUCAAUUUAAUUCCGCCUCGGAACGUGUGAAAUUAUUGCCGGAUGCGGAUAUAUGGUUAUCUCCUUUGGAUGAUAGAGAAUCUUCCAACAAAGGGCCUUAUUAUGUCAUGGAUGUGGGUUGCAAUUGCGGAGUAUUCACCCAACUCUUGCACAAGUACCUGGAAGAACGUCUUCAGAGAUGUGUAAAAAUCUUUGGCGUGGAUAUAGACGAUCGUCUGAUUCAACGCGCAAAAAGUGAAAAUGAAGAUCCGAAAAACAUAAGCUACGCCUGCGUGGAUGUCCUAGACGAUAAUGCCUUUGAAUCUGUUAAAGCUUAUCUGAAAAUUCAUAGUCGCCAGAAAUUCGAUGCCAUUUGCUGUUACUCAAUUACUAUGUGGAUCCAUCUAAAUCAUCAUGACCAAGGAUUGCAACUAUUUCUGAAAAAGCUCGGCAAUCUGGCAGAGCUCCUGGUAGUGGAGCCACAGCCUUGGAAGUGCUAUCAAACUGCACAGAGACGUCUAAAGAAAGCUGGAGAAGAUUUUCCCCUAUUCCUAGAACUUAAAUGGCGAUCUGAUGUAGAUCUCCAGAUAGAAAAUUACCUGGAAAAGACACUCGACCGAAGAAAGAUAUUCGAGUCCACUCCCACUAAAUGGCAGCGAAAGAUAUGCUUCUAUAGAGGAUUAGUUAAUGUGGAAACUGUAUGGAAAGAACGAAUUAUUUGUUGGCUAAAUCAGUUCCUGGAUAAUAAUCAGGGAACGAUUUUUUCUUAUGUUUUCAUUCCUAUCUUAAUGUCACUAUACACGCUUUAUUGUAUUUAUCUUUAAAAUAUAACUGUUAUUCAAAAUA